AUGUCGUCGUUCGCGCCGACGCCGAGAACGCGACGGGCGAACGGACGUGGAUGGAGAGUAUCGUCAGCGCUCGUCGUUGGGUGCGCCGCCACCGCGCUGGCGUUCGGUGGGUCCGAGACGACGCGCGCGAUUGGCGUCGACGUCGACGUCGUCUCGGGCGUCGCUCGGGCGUUGUCGAUGCCGUUUGCCGUGGUGAGCUUUGCGGACGCCUCGCGCGUGGUGAGUCGUCGACACACAGGGCGGUACGAUCGCAGACGGGCGGUGGAGCAGACGAAGAGGAGAUUCUCAAAAUUCUUAAGGCACCGCCCGGGCGAGGGUGGGGGGGAGGAUGAUGGAGACGACAAAGAUGACGAUGACGAUGACGAUGACGAUGAGGAUGAUAACGACGAGGGGUGCGGCAGCGAUAAGCGAGGGAAGAAAUUGGACGAAGCAGCGUGUAAGAAGCGCGAGGAGCGCGAGAAGAAGCAGCGCGAGCGCGAGGAGUCCGACGAAGACUACGGUUUUGGGUCGCUCUUUGAAGACAUCACGGAUGGUGACGCGGCCGAAGCGGACGGUGGAGGCUCGAGCCCUGAAGACGCCGACGACGAGUAA